CCAAAUCGCAUAUAAUCUUUGACUUACAGACGCAUGCCAAACCUAUAAAUCCAGAACUUCUUCACAUCAAAUUUCUCAUCUGAGUUCUCACUGAAAACCCAAAAUCAUGGACCUAAAGCUCUCCACUCUCCUCUGCAUUUCUCUGUUCUUCUCCACCAUCUUAACCCCAACUCUCUCCGAGCUCUGUAACCCUACAGACAAAAAAGUUCUCUUCGAAAUCAAGACAGCCUUCAAUAACCCCUACAUCUUGUCCUCAUGGAAAUCCGACGCCGACUGCUGUACCGACUGGUACAAUGUCGAGUGUGAUCCCAACACCAACCGUAUCAACUCCCUCACCAUCUUUACUGACGACCGCCUCACCGGCCAAAUCCCCGCCCAAGUCGGAGACUUGCCCUACCUCGAAACCCUGGUGCUCCGCAAGCUCCCCAAUCUCACAGGUCCCAUCCAGCCCUCCAUCGCCAAGCUCAAGCACCUCAAGAUGCUCAGGCUCAGCUGGAACGGCCUCUCUGGCUCAGUCCCUGACUUCCUCAGCCAGCUUAAGAACCUCACCUUCCUCGAGCUCAACUAUAACAACUUCACAGGCUCCGUUCCCAGCUCGCUUUCAAAGCUACCGAACUUGCUAGCUCUUCAUCUAGACCGCAACCAGCUCACAGGUAAUAUUCCUAGUUCAUACGGGAAAUUCGUUGGCACCGUUCCAGAUCUCUUCCUCUCCCACAACAAGCUCACAGGCAAAAUCCCAACCUCAUUUGCUAACAUGAACUUUGAUCGGAUAGACUUGUCACGCAACAUGCUGGAAGGAGACGCGUCAAUGAUAUUCGGGAUGAACAAGACGACCCAGAUUGUGGAUUUGUCAAGGAACAUGCUAGAAUUCGAUCUGUCCAAGGUGGUGUUUUCGACAAGCUUGAUCUCACUGGACUUGAACCAUAACAGGAUGACAGGUAGUAUUCCGGAGCAGUUGACCCAAUUGGAUAAUUUGCAGUUGUUCAAUGUGAGCUACAACAGGUUGUGUGGUCAGAUUCCGGUUGGUGGGAAGUUGCAGAGCUUUGACACAACGUCAUACUUCCAUAACCGGUGUCUGUGCGGUGCUCCACUCCCAAGUUGCUAGUAAUGGACGGAGGGAUGCUAGAUAUAUAAGUAGGCUGGCAAUUUUAGUAUAGUUCUUUUGAUUUUUUGUGUGAAGUAGUAGCGAAACAAUGGCUUCAUUGCUUAAAGCAAAUAAGCAACGGUGUUAAGCUACAACUUUGUUUUUUCUUUUUUAUCGAAAUGUUAAGCUACAAUUUUGUGUAGCAUGGUCUAAAGGAAAUAGUAUUUGUUUAUGAAUCUCUGUUGUCCCAACCUUCUUUAACAGAAUGAUGAGAUCGUUGGCGAUUCUAUAGAGGAUACAGAUCCAAUAAAUAGAUAACAACGUAUUCACUAGUGUAAUGACAAAGAAAUACAAAGUUAUUGG